GCUCAUUGGUGAUUAUGUAGCACGGAAGAAAGGAUCACAAGUCCGUCUUAACUAAUGAACACCCACCUGAUAUCUUAAACUCUACUAUAAUUAUUAUAUUUUUGUUUUUGUUGAUUAUCUUCACAGGUCAGAAGAGGAGACUGCUGCCCUCUUUGAAAAAUAUCAGCCAACGCAUGUCAUUCAUUUAGCAGCCAUGGUUGGUGGACUCUUUGCCAACCUAAAACACAACCUUGACUUUUGGAGAACCAACAUAAAAAUCAACGACAAUGUUUUACAAACCGCUUACGAAACCGGUGUGAAAAAGGUCGUAUCCUGUCUUUCAACGUGCAUCUUCCCAGACAAGACUACUUAUCCCAUCGAUGAAACCAUGAUCCACAAUGGCCCGCCGCAUGAUUCCAACUUUGGCUAUUCCUACGCAAAGCGGAGCAUCGAUAUACAGAACAAAGGAUACCAUGCCCAGUAUGGUUGCCAAUUCACCGCCGUCAUUCCAACCAACGUCUUCGGUCAAUGGGAUAACUUCAAUUUACAAGAUGGUCACGUGAUACCGGGUCUUAUGCACAAGGUCUACCAGGCAAAACGUGAUGGCACGCCCCUGACAAUCUGGGGCACAGGGAAACCGCUACGCCAGUUCAUCUACUCUUACGACCUCGCCCGCCUUUUCGUGUGGGUUCUACGAGAGUACGAGGAGAUCGCGCCGAUCAUCCUCUCCGUUGGUGAGGAAGAUGAGGUUUCUAUCAAGGAGUGUGCAGAGCACGUCGUCGAGGCUUUCGACUUCAAGGGAGAGGUGGUCUAUGAUACAACUAAAUCAGACGGUCAAUAUAAGAAGACAGCUAGCAAUGCAAAGCUCCGAUCGUACCUUCCGGAUUUCAAGUUCACUCCUAUAAAGCAAGCUCUGAAAGAGACAGUAGCAUGGUUUGAAGCAAACUAUGAUAUCGCCCGCAAGUAAGCGACAGAAAGACUUAAUUCACUCCAAGGUCACAGGAAUAAGGACUUACAUGUAGGGGACUUUUCACCGAUGGUAGUCAAGCAAAUUGUUUUUACUUAUUUUUCCUUGAUUACAUCUUGUUUUAAUCAUAUCCUAUGGCCAAAUGGUCAACGGAUUUGGGGGACUUUUUGCUCACGGUACGGAAACCAAAGUGUUUCUGUUCAGUUUAUAGAUCUCAUUAAUUUUAUUUUGGUUUGAGUAUAUUGGUACAUGUAGGAUAUAAAACGUGUGCUUUAGUUGUUGGUGCAAUUUCAUAGUGUAGUGCCUACUUUAAAAAAAAAAUGCUCUCUGCCCAGCGUAGUUUUCUUUUUCUUUUUAUUAUGCAUUGCACAAUCUAUCAUUAAUAUUCAUACAGUUUUUAUGUUUUUUUUUUGUAUAACUUUCAAUGCUUUGUUUUUACUUCUGCAAUAAUACAAGUUUUUAACUUGUAUUAUUUUCGAUGUUUUAUUUUAACAUCUGCAAUUUUUAUUAUUUUAAUUAAGCAUACCAAAUAUAAUAAUUAUUUCUGGGAUAGUAUAAAUACUAUGAGGCCGUUCUCAUUACGCUUUCUAAAACUAGUUUACUGGAAACCGAUUCAGGAAACCACUUUGGAAGAUCGCUUUGCUAGCGUUCCCACUUGAUCACACGAAAGUGGUUUUCAAAAUCACUUCACGUAAAGCGCACUUGUUGCUAUGGAAACGCUCUCAGUGGGGUGACACGUUUCGCGCGAAAUUCUAAACCGCAGCAUAGGCAUUCUACACCUGUCAUGUGGAGUAGCGCGCUCAAAAUGUGCGAAGAUCGCUUCCCGAAGAACGGUUGUGUCCUCACUUACGCUAAAACCAGUUUAACGAGGCAAAGCGAUCUUGAAAACUACAUCGCGAGGUGGUUUUCCAAACUGGUUUGGAAGAUCGCUUCCAAGACCACUUUGAUCGUUCUCACUACGCGUUAAACUAGUUUCCACUAAACUAGUUUCCAGUAAACUAGUUUUAGGAACGUAGUGAGAACAGCCUCUAUAACAUGUACACUUGAGUAUAGAUAUUUACACUGUGGAGUAGACAACGUUUGUAUAACAGUAAAGCCUAGUGUGUGUGCAAAUGUGCCAUAUAACAUCAUUUGCUAAAGUUUCAGACAUCCUGAAUGUUUUUGUGUAUGAUAAUGCAUGUAAUAAUUGUAAUAAAUUAACAGUAACAGGCUUGAUAUUAUUUGUUGGUGUUGAUUCUGUGUUUGAUUUAAAUGGUUAAAGGGAAAUUAGUUCAAAGAAAUUGUCCAUUAUCUUGACCAAUCCUUUUGUUUUCAAAAGUAUUUUUUUAACAAAAAGAUGAGCUAUGCCAUUGGAUAAUUUCUUUAAACUUAUUUACCUUUAACCAUUCAAAUCAACCAGAAAAUCAACAUCAAUGAAAAAUAUAUAGGCCAGUUUUUUAUUAUGAAACUAUUACAGAAUUUUACAAUUAUACACAUGUGCUACAGACACAAAUUUUCAUGUCAUCUUAAAGGAAAAUGAAACCUUUGAAUCAAGAUAGCUUGUGUGAAAACAAAAAAAUCAAAGAAACAGAUCGACAGUUUGAGAAAAAAUGAAUAAAUAAUAAGAAAGUUAUGAGCAUUUGAAGUUUAGAUCAUUGUUAUAAUGUAGAUCCUCUAGUUGGCAAUGCGACAAAGAUGUAUGAUGUCACAUGUGAACAACUUUCCCAUUACUUUUCUAUAUAUUUCACUUCAACUGCCUCUUUUAUCACAUCUAUCUGUUGAUCAUAUAUUCUUUCUGUAAGAAGGCAUGUAAUACAGAUUUUUAAAGAAUACAUUAUGGAUAAAGAGUUUGUAUCACCAUAAGAAAGAGCAAAAAUAUACAUUUUGGAAGUAUUUUGUAGUCCAUCACAGGGAAAGUUGUUCACAUGUGACAUCACACAUCUUUGUCGCAUUGCCAAUGGGAGGAUCUCCAUGGCAUCAGUGAUCGCAAUAUUCAAAUACUCAUAACUUUCUAAUUAUUUGUCUGAUUGUUAUCAAGCUUUCUUUGAUCUUAUGCUCUGAUUUUUCUCUUUCCACACAAGCGCACUUGUUCCAAAGGUGUAAUUCCCCUUUAAACUUUAAUAGGCAAGUGAUGGUCCUAUAUUCAGUUGAUUUCUUGUGGCAAUGCUAAUACUCAAACCACCAUACGGUGUGCAGGUACUUGGCUCGUUGAAGUGUAUAUCUUGUUACAGAACAAGUUGAACAAGAAGACAAUAUAUUAUAAUACAUUAAGUUUUAUACGAUAGGCCACUCUUAUCAGUGCAUUAUAAUGUCUUUCUUGUUUUUUUUUUACUGGUCGUGAUCUACAUGUAUAACCCUCAUUGCUUCUGUGCAAUAAGGUACGUGUAAGGGUUGGUUACUGUGUUGUUUACAGGGGUAGUUACUCUGAUGUCAUAUGGUAUAAACCAGAAAAAGGAGAGAAAAUCAGUUUGGCAAAAAUACAUCAAAGAAUAAAAAACUAUGGAUCAUGGAUCAUAUGGAUUUCACAAGCAGUUACAUGUAUAAGAAUAAUAAUAAAUCUGGUUAUCUAUAUUGUGCUUAAAACAUUGUAUGUAUCUGAUAUCGAAAGUUAGAUGUUGACAUGGCUAGAUAGGUCAUUAUAAUCUCGCAUGUCGACAUAUAACUUUUUAUAAGUCGACUUUGCAAGAUAACAUGUCAUGUUGACAUAGUAAGGUUAUUAAAAAGUUGAUUUGGCUAGAUAAAGUAUCUCGCCAAGUUAACUUCUAUAAAGUAAGAUGUUGACAGGGCGAUAUAUGUUUUCUUUCCACGUCGACAUUGCAAGAUGACAUAUCUCGCCAAGUCGACUUAUAUAAAGUAACAUGUCGACAUAGUGAGAUAUGUUCUCUUUCGAAGUCGACUUAAGAAAAGUUAUAUGUAGAUAUGGGAGAUGACAUUUUAAAUCUUUUGUGACAUGAUAUCAUAUGAGAGGCCUUAAUUGUGUAUUCAGACUGGAUCAAAACUUGAGACAUUCAUUCAUCCUACACGUAUGUUAUCAAUUAUGUAGCAAACUAGCAUUUUAUAUGGAUGUUAAGUAUAUAAAUGGCUGAAUUAUGAGUGUAUACAAUUCAAAAUGCAGACUUUCAUUGAUUUUUACUUAUCUGUAUAUAAAUAUUUUGUUAUAUCCCGUUGUAUCAUUUCUAUUUAUAUUAUUAGUUAUGUUGCGUAGUAUAGAACUAACAUUUAUUUUUUCCUUGAUGAUGCGUACAUGUAUUUUCCCUUGACUUUUAUUUAUAAGCAUAUAUUGGUUUAAUUGCAGGGACUAUGUUAUAGAAACAUAGCGAUUGAUUGAUUUAUUAAAUUUGCCAUGUGUAUCAUUUACAAGGCAAAGUACAAAUCACCUUAAUUUGAGUUAUGCCAGCUGCGGUAACAAUCUCAAAAUGAUUUCAAAUAAAAUCCAAUAAAAAUCAUGUUUAACGUCCCAAGUGUAUGGUUACAUGAAUGAAAAACAGAUGAUUCUGGUAGAAAAUGUGCAGUUGCUGGGAAAUAAGAAAGAAUAAUCAUUGCAUUCCUGCCAGGAGUGGGAUCUUUUUCCAACCAAUUAUAAUACACUGUCCCACAUGUGCUUAUCUGAGUUAGUAAUCUUCAAUGUGCUCGCAUUUCAGAUUGAAUUUCAUUUAGAAAAAGUUGGGUUUAUGUAAACAUAUUCUGAUCUGUGAUUUUGUCAACAAUCUUGAUUUUAAAGAUUAUCUCAUGCAAACAUUGUUGUUAUAAUUACUUGAGUUUUAUAGCCUUAAGUAUGCGCUGCUCUUGUAUUAUGGGUGAUUAUAUUCAAUAUACAAAGGAGUGUUCUAAUGGGUUUAAUUUUGCUCUGAGCUAAUCUUCUUUCAUUUACCUUUACUAUAAAGAUACCACAAAUCCUCCUUUUUAUAAGUUCCCUCAGAGAGGACAUCAAGACACUAUCUCAUGGAUGACUGAGAACAUAUAUCCUUUCUUACUAAUUAGUUGAUAAACAACAAUUUUAACAUUCCACUUAAUACUCCUCAUUUCGGUUUUGAUAAUUAAUCCACGGUGCUUAUAUGUAGCAUGUAUUUACAACUGAAAACAAAAGGGUAAUUUGGCGAUUCCUUCGUCUAGCAAGGUUGAAACAAAAUAAUUGAAGUCUUGCUGUUACCCAGUAGUAGCAUGUUUUUGCAUAAUGAUGAACGGAGCAUACAGGGUCGUAGAAAUGACAAAGAGUAUCUUUGCAGGUGAUAUAUGACAUUAUACAAUAGUCGAUGGGUUAAUCAGUUGUUCCUUCCAAUGAACAGGGUCCCGUAACACAAAGAUUAGCAAUUAAUUGUACACUUGAUUUUCAUAAUUGAUGGUACAUUGUAGUCAAUGGAAUCAAUCGUAGAAAAUUGUUCUACGAUCAUUGCUAUGCUUUGUGUUACGAACCCCGGGGCCCCGUCUUUCAAAGUUUUGCGAUUGAUCUGAUCAACCACAACUAUGGACGGCCACAUCAACAUCUAAAACACGUUUGUUCAAAAUAUUUCCUAGAUACGAUGUAUAUGCAUACAUUCAACAUUCUCUUGAAAAUUCAGUCUGAUUCACUGAUUCUCAUUGUUUACGAAGGAGAUUGUGCAUAUUUCCGGUAGAAAAUAUUAUGGUACUGAUGGAUUUCCAUAGAGUUACGAUUGAUUGGAUCAAUCGUAGCUCUUUGUAAGACGGGGCCCAGAUGUGUGUUCUAGAUCUCAAUGGGCAAAGAUUAACCCAAAACCUGUCGCAGAUUCAGUGUCUGCUGUGAGUUUGUGAAAACAGCUCAGUAGCCACCUCUCUCAGGUGAUCCCUCCACUGUUUUGGAGAUUUGCAGAAUCCAUUAGAACAAAUCUAUUAAGUUAGAGAUUAAGCAUGUUUCCCACUCUCUAAGAGUUUAUUUCCAAUUGGUCUAAUCCCAGUUCAUCCAAUUACCAUUUUGUCUUCUAUCAUUUGGUCUACCAUCAGUUCGUCCACUAUCCACAUGGUCUAAUUGCCAUUUGGUCCACUCACCAUUUCGUCUAAUUACCAGUUGGUCCAAUAGCCAUUUAGUCCAUAUACCAUUUGGUCUAAUUAAAUUAAGUGAUAAUUGGGCAAAAUGAAUGAAAAGAAAAUGGGUAUAGAACUGGUUUUGGGACGAAAUGGUCAGAUGAACUGGUGAUUAGAUGAAGUGAUUAUUGGACCAAAUACUGUUAGACGAAAUGUUGAUGGAUGGACUGGCAUUAGACUAAAUGAAGGUAGACCAUGUGAUGAUUGGACGAGUUGGCAAUAGAUGAAUCGGCAGUUUACGUCUCCAAGUAUACUGCACUGCUAAUUGAGAAUGAACUGUCUUCAGAUUGAUGUGCCAAUUUCUUUUUUACUUUAAGUAUAGUCAAUGAAUCAUGAAUCAAAUUUGGUUUUCAUGAAAUCAGAAUGCCUUGUAGAUGUGCUUGGAGUGCAAAGUAACAAUAAAUAUAUUUACUUAUGGAAAAAACUA